UUCAUGCGCCCCGUGCUGCUGAGCCGAGAGUCCUUCCUGUUUUAGAAUUUUUUUUUUUAAGGAAGCAGCAACAACAGGAGAGUCGGUGAAUGAAUAUGGUUUGAUCUGAGGGAUCUGUGCAAGGAAAGGACCUAUGCGCUCUUUUUCUGCCAUAUCAGGGUUGUGCAUACUGUGGAUCACCAUGGCGCAGAUCGCUGGCCAGGAGGACAGAGAGAAAACCACCGCGCUCAAAGACUUGCUGUCAAGAAUAGACUUAGAUGAACUAAUGAAGAAAGAUGAACCUCCCUUCACCUUCCCUAAAACACUGGAGGAGUUUGAAUAUGCCUUCAAUGAAAAUGGCCAGCUCCGGCACAUAGAAACAGGUGAACCUUUCGUGUUUAAUGCCAGAGAAGAUCUCCACCGCUGGAACCAGAAACGUUAUGAGGCUCUUGGAGAGAUCAUCACCCAGUAUGUUUACGAACUGUUGGAGACAAAGUGCAACAUGAAAAAAGUAUUUCUACCUGUGGAUGCAACAGAAGACGAACCCAGAAGUUUUAUCUAUCUUAGCCAGGAUGCCUUGACUAACCCAAACAAGCUGCUGGUGCUGAUCCAGGGCAGUGGGGUGGUGCGCGCUGGUCAGUGGGCCCGCAGACUCAUCAUUAACCAGGACCUGGACUCAGGAACGCAGAUCCCCUUCAUUACAAAGGCCAUGGAGGAGGGCUAUGGUGUAAUGGUGCUCAACCCCAACGAAAACUACUUGGAGGUGGAGAAGCCAGCAAAGACGUCCCCCAUAUCCUCUCCUGCCGAACUCCCAGAUGAACCGGCUGAAAAGAGGGAGCGCAAAGAUGACAAUGAGAGGAAAAAGAAGAGGGAAUUUUAUGAGAAAUAUCGCAACCCCCAGAAAGAGACAGAGACCGAACGCAUACCUAUACGGGAAAAUGCCUCAUCCGAAGAACACGUGCUCUACGUGUGGGACCACUUUGUGUCCAGUGCUGCGGCUAAGAAUGUCUUCAUUAUUGCCCACAGCUACGGAGGUCUGUCUUUUGUCGAGUUGAUGAAUCAAAGGGAAAUGCAGGUGAAGAACAGAGUGUGCGCUGUGGCUCUCACUGAUUCUGCGCAUAACAUUUGGCAUCAAGAAACAACCAAAGGGACACAGGACUGGAUGCAGCAGUACUGCUGUAACUGGGUAUCGAGUCCUGAGCCAUUGGACACUCAGCUUGAGCCCAUGCUUCCAGAUUGCCCCCGAGUUUCUGCAGGUACUGAGAGGCAUGAACUGACCUCCUGGAUGAGUUUUGAAUCCAUCUUCAAGUUCUUCAAUGAAGCCUUGAGUGCGAAGGAGGAGGAGGAGGCAGAAGAGAACGCCCAUGCUGUCACAACACGCAGCGGCUCCCUUAAAAACAAACACCAAGAUUUGUAGAAACCCAGCAUUGACUCAGCAGUAGAUUCUAAAAGGUGCAUCAGAAACGAGAGUGCAGAAAUGUUGCCCUUUGCUCUAAUUUUUGUUUUUCUCUCCAUCCUCCCUCUUCAACCUCCCCAGUCUCCCUUCCAGUACCAUCCAGCUCAUGCACUUACCUUGUUGUUUGAGACAAGAGUACGGGGGUCACCAUGUAUACACCACAAUAACGUUUUGCAUUACUUCUAGAUGAGUGCAACUGUCAAAGCAAUAUGGAGCUGAGUGUUAGCGCUUCCCGUGGGCUGUGGCCCGGCUGCGGGUGCGGGCUGCAGCAGCAGAGAUUAAGGCUGACAGGCGCUGUGCACAAUGCACGGUGGUGCACCUCUAAUUGUCCUGACAUCAGCCUGAAGUGAGCUAAUGCCCCCCCGUCCUCCCAUCCGCCCUCCUCAGUCGCUCUCUCCUUCUGUGUCUUCUUUCCUUCCUUACUCGUAAAGCCUGUGCUAAUUUAACCUGCAAGUUCAACUGAAAUCUCCUAAAGUCUACCACCAUUUCCAUCCUGCUAAUAUUGUUUCUUUCUGUAGGAGGGUACCGUUAUUUACCAGUUUUUAAUAUUGGAAAACAUCUAUGACGUCUUUUUUUUAAAAAGUUUUUCUGUCUAUUUUCAGAUUUUAAACUUGAUUUUUUUUUUUAUGUGUUUGCCUUGAUCUUUUCAAACUACUUCUUUAAUAAGAUUAUUCUUUUGUUUCUAAAGCUUAAACAGAAUUUGUUCUCACACAGUAAUACCUACCAUAUCUUGUAUGUCAUAUUUCAAGAAUCAAGCAGAUGUUUUUUUUCUCCAAAGUUUACUUUUUUCUUAAUUUCCUCAUGUGAUAUCCCCCAAAAUGGAUCUCUGGGAAUGAUUGAAUUUGGUGAAACAAAUAAAACAAAAACAACCUGUUCUGAAUAUGAAGGGGGAGAACGAAAUCAGGACACCAAGCAUAUUUAAAAAUCACUUAAAGUUGGGCGUAGAAAUGGGGUUUGAGUGAUAUCUCAUUUUAACGGGAGCCAAAAGUCAGCCCACAACACUCAUAAAAUCCCAAUAUAUCGCCUUACACAUGUCAGGAAAUCCUAGACUUCAAUAUUAUUCUGAGCCAGAAUGAUAUUUCCUUAGAAGUUGAAGAAUUGUAACAUAUCUUCUCUUUUUUUCCUUCCCUUUCCACUCAAGUACUCUUUGUGUGUACUUGGACCUGUCAAACUCAGCUUCCUGCUCAGCUCCCAUAAUCUGACUGUAUGACACAAACAUGUUAAAGAUUUUUUUCAUAAAGCCUCUGUGUUUUAUAAACCACUAAAGGCUUAAUGGAAUACAUUUCUAAUGUGUCUUGACAUUAGUAAAAACUCAAACUUGAAACUGAAUCUUAGGAUACCUUAGUUGCAUUCUCAAACAUAUACUUCCCUCAUUUUUUUCUUUUUUCUUUUGCCGUAUUGUGAAACUUUCCCCACUGUCAAACGCUGCCUCUCCUGCUCCGUCUGUGGUUUAAGGCGUUUGUGGAUUAUCUUUCUGCUGUAAUGAGACAAGUGUGCCUGGUGGAUGCGAGCCUAAUUUCCUUUUAAUUUGAUUUAGAUCUCUCCAGGUUUCAGCUAAGAAGUUGGGCUUAUUAUUUGAUAUUUGACGGGUCUCAUUUCAAGAUACCACACCUCGCCUUUGUGCUUUUCAGCUAUGAUCAGUUAAUUUCUCACUCCAGAAUUUGUAUAUUGUUGCCUUAGGAGUAAACAAGACUCUCCUCGCUGUUUUUUUAAUAUCCUACAAGCCAUAUAUAUGAAAAGAACUAAAGAUCCAAAGCACAGUCUGCAAAUAAAUUGCUUUUGAAGAAUUUAUUUUAUUUUCUGCAGAACGUUAUUUGUUCUAAUUAUUUUAUCUUAAAAUCUCCAAGCCUAUGGCAAAUGCAUGGAUUUUUCUUUAUAUUCUUAAUUUUUUUCCACCCCUCGGUCUGAGUUGAUUCAUGUUUAUGUAAAAUUGUAAAAAUUGUUUUAACAUCUCUCUAGUGCAGUAAUCACAUUUCUUUAGAUGAUUUUAUUAUUCUGUAAUUGACCAAUUAAAGCAAAAGGAAAUAAAAGGAACUAUGCAUCUU